AUGGCGGCCCAUCGUCUCGCCCUGUCUGUGCUCGUCCUUGCCGUCUUACUGCUCGCGCCCGGCGGCCACGUCGCAGGAGAGCCGUGGCCACUGUGCGGCGACGGCGGCGAAUUCGACGACAAGAGCCGGUACCAGGCCAACCUCAACCUCGUCGCCGCCGCGCUCCCCAAGAACGCCUCGGCGUCGCCCAACCUCUUCGCCACCGCCGAGGCCGGCGCCGUCCCGGAGAAGGUCACGGCCCUCGCGCUCUGCCGCGGUGACGCCAGCCCCAGGGCCUGCUCCAGCUGCCUCGUCAACGCCUUCGCCAACCUCCAGAACGUCUGCCCCGGCUCCAAGGACGCCGUCAUCUACUACGACGCCUGCAUGCUCCGCUACUCCGACGUCCAGUUCCUCUCCGCCGACGACUCCGGCCCCAUGGGCCUGGACCUCAGCAUCACGGUCCGCAACUCGGGGAACGCCACGUCGGAGCCGGGAUGGUACCAGCGCACCGUGGCCACGCUCCUGAACGCCACCGCCGACUACGCCGCGUACAACUCCACGCGGCGGUACGCCACCGGCCAAGCCGACCUGGACCGGGAGUUCCCCAAGGUGUACAGCUGGGCGCAGUGCACCCCGGACCUGACGCCGGGCCGGUGCCGGGACUGCCUCUCCCAGAUCUUAGCUCAGCUGCCGUUGCAGUUCACGGACAGUAUCGGCGGCAGGCUUCUUGCUCCCCGAUGCAGCUUCCGCUACGAGACCAAGCCCUUCAUGAAUGGCCCGGUGAUCGUGAAGCUGCCGGCGCGAUCUGGAGCGCCGGCGCCGGCCGUAGUGCCCAUGGCUCCUGCAUCGGCGACAUCAGAGGGGAGAAAGUACAGUGCUCCUGGCAUGGUACUUAUAAUUCUGUUGCCCACGAUAGCAGCCAUAAACCUCGUCGCUUGGCUCUUUACAUUGAGGAGGAGGCGGCGCCAGGCAUUCACAAAGGCAAAGCAACCAGAUCAAAAUUAUUCCAUCGAUGAAGCGCAAGACAUCGAAAGUGUAGAGUCAAUGUUAAUUGACAUUUCAACUUUGCGAGCGGCAACCAAGGAUUUUGCGGAGAACAACAAACUUGGUGAAGGCGGAUUUGGCCCCGUGUUCAAGGGUACUCUCUUGAACGGCGAUGAGAUCGCUGUGAAGAGACUCUCCAAGAGCUCAACGCAAGGGGUGGAGGAGCUCAAGAAUGAGCUCGCCUUGGUUGCAAAGCUGAAGCACAAGAACCUUGUAAGACUGGUCGGCGUCUGCUUGGAGCAACAAGAGAGGCUGCUCAUCUAUGAGUUUGUUCCUAACCGAAGCCUCGAUCUGAUCCUUUUCGAUGAAGAGAAACGUCAGCAACUGGAUUGGGAAACAAGGUGCAAGAUCAUAAACGGAGUCGCUCGAGGCUUGCAGUACCUCCAUGAAGACUCUCAGCUCAAAGUAGUCCAUCGUGACCUCAAAGCGAGCAAUGUCUUGCUAGACAUGAACAUGAACCCCAAGAUUUCAGAUUUUGGCCUCGCCAAAAUUUUCGGGAGAGACCAGACACAGGGCGUGACGAACCGCAUCGUCGGCACACAUGGAUACAUGGCGCCCGAGUACGUGAUGCGCGGGAACUACUCUGCGAAAUCAGACACGUUCAGCUUCGGCGUGUUGGUCCUUGAGAUCGUGACGGGAAGGAAGAACACUGACAGCUACAACUCCCAACAAUCUCAGGAUCUCCUGACGACCGUAUGGGAGCAUUGGACGGCCGGAACACUACUGGAGAUGCUAGACCCGUGCAUGAGCAAGAGCUUCUCAGAGUCGGAGAGCGAUGCGCUGAGGUGCAUCCAUGUCGGGCUUCUGUGCAUCCAGGGCAACCCAACAGACCGGCCGAUGAUGUCCACGGUGGCCAUGAUGCUCGGCAGCGACACAUUCUCUCUCCCGGCUCCGUCCAAGCCGGCGUUCUACUCUAGAAACGCCGGCGCCAAUUCAAGCACCGGGUCAAGCGUCUCGAUCCCGUCAGUGCAGGCCCGAUCAUAG